UGGAGUUUGCGCAAUGUUAUCAGCUCCGCCAUUGACGGAGUCGCUGGAGAAAAUUGCACACAGCUUGUCACGUUUUGUUCUUAGUAAGUAUUCGACGUCUAGAUAGUGUAUUUUCACAACUUAAGUUAGUGUCGUUAAUACAAUACUGUUGUUUACAUCUACAUUAUUGGAUUUGCAUAUAGUGUGCGCAGAAGUUGUCAAUUCUCCUGCAUCGUUAGCUAGCUCACGCACACCUAGCUAGCAGCGAGCGUGUCGUGCACGGGUGCGUCGCCCGUGUGCUCCACUCCAUGGAUCCAAGAAUCGCCUGGUUCCAGCCAGAACAGCUCGGCCCUGCCAACAGCGCGUGGAUGAAUAUUUGGUUAACGACACAAGGUCUGGGCAAUUUGAGUUUGAGUAAUCAUAACAACCACGGCUCUGCUGUGUGGAACACGCCCACCACCAAGACUAGCCCUAGUACAACUGUAUCGGUGAACUGUGGCACGGGAAACGUGAACGGAAACGUGAUUCAGAACGGAGUCCCCGACGCUGGUACGAGCAGCAGUGAGGUGAGGAUGCAAGGGACGAUCAAUCCAAAAGGCGGUAAUGAAAUAGAACAGCAAUCCGACUUAUUGGAAGCAAAUAUCAACCAGCAUCCUGCGGGGAGGGGUAGUAGUGGACCUUGGGUUGUGGGUGGCACUGCAUUCGGUAGCUGGAGAGAAAGAGAGAGCGAAUGUGGACUUGGGAAGAGACGGAGGAGAGACAACCGAGCGAGCACUUUCGGAUUUAACCGCAGUUUGAGUAUUGGCAGUAACUCAGCAGUGGACGACGCUGGGUGCCGUGGAGUUGGUUACACAGGCACGCCUUGGAAAACCAGGAACUACUCUGCAGGGAUUUUGGGGCUCCAUGAGGAGAUCCAGGAUUUCUAUGCCUGCAUGUCUCCGCGGCCGGAGGAGGAGAGGAUGAGGAAGGAGGUGGUGGAGAGGAUAGAGCGGGUCAUUAAGGACCUUUGGCCCACUGCUGACGUUCAGGUAUUUGGGAGUUUCAGCACAGGUCUCUAUCUACCUACCAGUGACAUUGACCUGGUGGUGUUUGGGAAGUUCAGGGAAGGAGACAGCCUCCCUUUGUGGAGGUUAGAAGAGGCCCUGAGGAAACACAAAGUGGUGGAGGAGAAUUCUGUCAAAGUGCUGGACAAGGCCACGGUGCCAAUCAUCAAACUGACAGACUCUCUCACGGAUGUCAAAGUUGACAUCAGUUUCAACAUGAAGAAUGCUGUCAAAGCUGCUGCCCUCAUCAAAGAUUAUAAAAAGAAAUAUCCUGUGCUUCCAUACCUGGUGCUAGUCCUGAAACAGUUCUUAUUACAAAGAGACAUGAAUGAAGUGUUUACAGGAGGCAUCAGCUCCUACUGCCUCUUCCUCAUCGCUGUCAGCUUCUUACAGCUCCAUAGCAGGGAGGACGCCUGCAGUCCCAACGCCAACACUGGCGUCCUGCUCAUAGAGUUCUUUGAGCUGUACGGCCGCCAUUUUAACUACCUGAAGACUGGGAUCCGGAUCAAAGACGGGGGCUGCUACCUCUCCAAAGACGAGGUCCAGAAGAGCAUGCUGGAUGGAUACAGACCAUCCCUGCUCUACAUCGAGGAUCCACUGCAGCCAGGUAAUGAUGUGGGCCGUAGCUCGUACGGGGCCAUGCAGGUGAAGCAGGUGUUUGACUAUGCCUACAUGGUGCUGAGCCACGCUGUGUCGCCCAUCGCCAAGUACUACCCCAACAACCACAGCGAGAGUAUACUGGGCAGAAUAAUCCGGGUGACUCAGGAAGUGGCAGAAUACAGAGACUGGAUCACGAUGAAGUGGGCUGAUCUAUCACUGAACUCUCUGACCUUAAAUGGAAAUGAUGUCACAUUGCUGGUGGAGCCUCAGCAGACGUACGAAUGCAACAACAAUCGCUCUGAGGAAGGGGCGGAAUCUCCCAGCUCCUCCUCUCCUCCUCCUUCCUCUCCAUCCUCCUCUUCGUCAUCCUCCUCUCCGCAGUCUUCAUCGGCUUGCUCCAGCGAUGCUGAUUCGGACGGAAGCCCCUGUAAAACGGUGAUGCCGCGGGGUAGGCGGGGCUUAUCCGCACACAGAGCCGCCCCUCUAGGAUUGACCAAUUACAGGGCUACGAGUUCCUCUUCCGAAAGCCGCGUGAGCCACUCGAACAAGAGCAAGGUGGACAGAGCGAGUUCGACGUCUCGUCAGAACAGCCAUGCCAACACACAGCCAAACACAGAAACAGGACAGUCGUCAGGCAGGAGCCACCAAGGCAGCAGGCGGAGCUGUCCUGGUAGGAGGAGGAAACCUCAGCCUCAGCACCAACGCAAACCUGCACCUGCAGUGGAGGACCUCUGUAGAUAGAACCCGCCAUGUCACGGAACUCAACUCCACUCUCUGUGCCGCUGAAACGGAGGCCAUCGAGGUACUCUUACCAGCGCUUUUGGUAGUGAUAUUUUUAAAGCCAAGUUGGAAGGAGAUUCCUCCUUUUUCUGUUAGUUGAAUGGGCAGAUUGACGCUGUCCUCGUCUUGAGGGCAUAGUCUUUCUGUAAUAUGAACACACUGCCCAUUGGAUGAAGGUCGUCGAGCCUCAUCAGUUGUUCCUGUACUUUAGCAGUGGCAAUACACCCUGGUGCAUUGGAGUAGCAGAAGUAAAAACCUUUUUUUGGUUGGGUCUAUUACUUACUGGCAAUUCAUCUUUACAGCGGAAAUGUCAAGGGAAAAUGUAUGGUAUAGAACUACGGAUAUUAUUGCUAUAUUGGGUAAAAUGCUUGCACUGACAAAACGAGUUGUUGAAAAUGUACGUUUUUCAGCAACUCAUCUACGUUUGCAAUAGAAAAAGUAGAGCAAAAUGUUAUUUAAAAACCCAAAUGGAGGUUAGAAAAAACAAAAAAAACAUUACAAUGGAUAGGGAUUGUAUAUUUUUCACCAGCUGAAUAAAAAUGAAUAUCGAUUUGCCAUCUCUCCUGGACUGGGCCAAGUGUGGGUUCUAAGUGCCAACUCCAACCAUCAGCAGAAUAGAUUACUACAGUACCAUGUAUGAGAGCACAAGAUCACUAAAGGAUCAGGCCAAGGGAUCAGCCCAACUGGACCAGUUUCCGUGCAUAAUGGAGAUGAUUUUUGUAAUGAUCUGUUCGAUGGCUAUUUCACAAUACUGUUUAAUCACCGUAAUAGCUUACAGUCUAAUGUACCUACUGGUAGAAUACAAAGUACCGCAAUAUCUGCAGUUUGCAAACUUCCUGUAUAUGAAAACAUCAAUACUCCACUAUUUUGCCUAUUACAAAAUGAUUUGUAUUUGUUUAUGUAUUUAUUUUUUUAGUAUAUUUAUAUGAAUAUAUAAAUGUUAAGCCCUAUGGAUGGAAAGCUUAGGAAUAGCCUGUAUGCCUGUGUAAGAGAUGGUUCAGAUACACAUUUUGUGCCGAAUAUCUCAGACACCUGUGUUCUAAUAGUCUUACUAUUUCCAGAACCUAUCUGGGGUGUGUCUAACACUUCGCUUUUACUUAUCCAGUGCUUUGAGAGUCCACUGAUUGAAAAGUCAUUGGCUCUGUUCCAUUUCUGUCUCUAGCCCUUUUCUCUAGCUCUUACUCCUUCCCGUCUAUCUUUUAUAUAAAAGGAAUUGGACUGGAUGUAAGCAAUAUGGCCUUUAAAGAGGGUGAGUGCAGCUUCUUCCAAGUUGCUUUCACCUAUCUAAUCCGUUCAGAUCCGCAAAAACAAUAUAGGCCUAACUUUGACAGUGCAAAUAAAUUGUGCUACUGUUAAUUGAGAACAUUAUACACCUUACACUGCAUUCAUUUCUAAGCUACAGAAUGUUUCAACAAUAGCACUACUUUUAACAUUGUCAAAAUGGCAGGUUGACGUUUAUUGGGAUGAAUCUUGUCCUGGAGGCAGAGCGAUUUCUGAUAAUAAGGUUAGGCAUAAGGUUAGCAGUGUGGUUGGGGUUAGGUUUAAAAUCAGAUGUUGACUGUGGCUGUGCCAGCUUGUGACUAGCCUGAAGAGCGGCCUCCAGUACAUGAGUCAUCCCAAUAAAUGCCACUAAGGGUUGGGCCACUGUUGGUCCUGGAGUUAGCAUUUUCUUUUCUUCCCAAAAUUGGGCCUCACAAAACAUUUUGUAUGCAGUCCAGUUGUGUCCAGACAUUUGUUCCAACCUUCAAGAUAGCUCGUUGUUUGACAAGCGAUAAUAUGGUCCAAUGAGAGGAUAUUGUCAAAUAAAUGCACAUUUCCCGUUGCCUGUUCUUUAUUCUAUGUAAUUAGAAUAGAACAAAAUUAAUGACUAAAGAAUGUGUUGUUUUUUUCCCUGUUUGUCUUUUACUGCAAAUUUGUUCAGGUGCUCACUGCUCAUUCAUUUCAACACUGAAUUGGUUUUUCGAGCAGACAAGCCACCAUCAAGCAUCCUAAAAUUCAACAAAAUUAUUAUUUACAUAACAUGUAUUCAGUAUGCCAUUGCCAAUUCAAAACCAAUCAACAUUUCGAGCAACAUUUUUCUCCACUUUCCAACCAUGAAUGAAUUUGAAGUGGACAUUUUUUUUUUAUUGCUGUGAACAGUAAAACAGUUUUGUUGAAUGUUAAUUUCUUUUUUUUUCUUAGCAUUGUCUACAGCAAUGUACAAUCCCUGCAUUGAAAUUGUAUUUUCAUAUGAUUAUUGAUAUUAUUUAGCUAAUUAUAUUUUUGUGGAAGAUGAAUAGAUAUAAAUGUUAAGACCCUGAGGGUAAAAGUGGUAAGUGGGAAAAUGUAAGUCUCUCAUUAUGAAAAUAAACUUUUGAAAGAA